UAGAAACAGCUGAAAUGGCGACCACAUUCGAAACAAAUCAAAGGAAUAUCUUCACAACCGAUCAGUCAUCGGAAAGAUCGAUCGAUGCCGUAAGCGACUUCCUCACGGAAGCCGUCAACAGCUUCUUCCCGUAUAUUAUCGGGGUCUUCAACCAUUGGCUCGACGUCGCCAUGCCCUAUCUCAUAGGUGUUGCCGUUUUGUACGUAUGUAUAUGUUGCUUGUCCUUUUUGUUCAGUGUCGUUCGCUUCUUCUUUACGUUUAUUGGUAGGUGUUUACGCUUUGGAAGAAGAGAUAUGAGGGCACCUGGUAGGCCUUCGAAGAUGAUAUCAAGAGAUGCAUUUCGAAAGAACCCUAGUGGGUAUUUUCGUGACCUUCGUGGCAAGCCUAAUGACUUUGUUUACUAGUUAACGUUAUAAAGCAUUUUUCAUAAAAAACGAUUGUUUUACUCUUUUGAGUAGAUGUCAGGUCGAAUUGAUAUAUAUCCCGUCACAUCUUUCUAAUGAGAUUUAUGGGGUUAGUAUGGUUUGUUUUGAUUAUUUAGUUAAAAGUUGUUGUAAUUUACACGCUAGAGCGUGACUGAUGAAUUCUAAUCCACCAGGUUGUAUUUGUCGGUUUGAAUAUGAUGCUUAUUGUUUUUCAUGA